CGUUUCUCGGCCCUCUGUCAGCAGGCCCCAGUUGAGUGUGGUGGCGGCCGUGCUGCUCACCACUCUGGCGCCAUCGCUCGCCGGAGAAUGGUGCGAGAACUUCGAGGCCGGAGCGGGCUGGUUCUGGAGCCAGCAGGAGUACCAGGGUGGUCUGUGGUUCCACACCACCUACACGGAGGAGACGGCGGAGGGACACGACGUACCUAAACCACCCUCUGGAGAGGACGGCAUGCUGUUGCUCCGGCCGUACCAGAGCAGUAUCGUGGCCUGGUCGAUGCUGGUCUCGCCCGAGCUGACGUUCCUGGCGGACGCCUCGAUCCAGCUGGACUACUGGCUCUGGUUCAACAUCUCGCAGCCUCACACUCCCGUCAGCUUCAUGUUGUUCAGGCGUGUUGACGGCAUUGAGGAGGACGAAGCGUUCCUCAACAUCUCAGCAUUCGCCAGCGUCCACCAGAGCCACUGGUCUUCCAUCGACGUCGGCCUGGAGACGGACGACACGGAUCGCUUCCAGGUAGCAAUUUACGGAUUCAUGGCCGGCGACGGCCCGGUGCUGACCAGCAACCUGGGACUGGACCGGGUCAUUCUGCGCGGCGUCGCCGGCGACAACCCGUGCGGGGGCAACUCGACGCUGCCGCCGACGCCGACACCGGCGCCCACCUCUCCGAUGACAGAGCCGUCGCCGGGGCCGACGGAGCCACCGACGAGAUCUCCCACCACACCUCCGUACGACUUUGUCUGUCCGACCCAGUACGGCCUGUACGAGGACGCCGCCGACUGCCACUACUUCUACCAGUGCAGCAACUGGACGCCCUACCGCAUGGUCUGCCCGUCGAGCCUGGUCUACAACCCGAACACAGAGCGGUGCGACUAUUCAACGAACGUGCCCGGAUGCUGAGCGGCGCGCCGGUCCGGCGCCGGCGGCACCGCCCGGCACAAUGUGCCACCUCUCCGACACUCCGAGCACAGUUUUACCAGCAGAAAACCCGUCGGCCGCCAACACUCUUUUUCUCAUGUGCCCCAAUUUCGUAGGCUACGCGACAAAAAUGUUAAGGUAGAAAUAUAUCCGUCAGAAUAGUGUUUUUUUAACAACGGAAUGAUAUACAUAAUCACUUUUUGCGUGGUUGAUUAAACUUGUGUGUGAGACUUAAACACGCUAGAAGUAAAAAGACUGGCAGCCCGGCGAUUUUUCUCUUUGUAAAACUGGCCUUUGACCUGUAGUAUGCAGUCGCCGCUGCAAAUGGUGGGGAUGACCCAUCGCUGCACAUACUGAUAGGGAUUUGACUACGUAUUGAUUACAAAUGAUGAGUGAUCACGCAUUGAUUACGUGUUGAUUACGCUUUGAAUGCGUCGCUACCAGCCUCUUGAUCGAAAUUUGACGCCUAAUAAAAUAUUAUUCGCAUUCCAAAA